AUGUUCCCCAAGGUCCUCUUCGCUCUCGCUGCCUCUGUUGCUGCUUCUGCUACUGCUAUCAAGCGCGACGAGUCUCACUCUGUCAACCUCGUCAACAACUGUGGCUCUGGUAACGCCGUCUUCCUCUACGAGAACACCGGCCAGCAGGGCUCUACCACCGUCUCCGGUCCCCUUAGGGGCGGUGUCGCCUGGGUCGACGGCUUCUCCGGUGCCGACUGCCAGAGCUCCGGUGUCAACUGUGGUAUCGUCGAGUUCACCUUGAUCGACAGCAGCCACAAGGACGAGAACGGCAACUCGUACCAAAACUCUGCCGACUACUCUCUUCUCAAGGGUUCUAACGGCAACCACCAGUUCACCUACAAUAUGGACUUUGCGCUUAGCUGCGACAACGGCAGCCCCGGUACUUGUACCGGUGACUCUGCUGACGCUUGCCCUGGUGCCUACUUGGGGGAGGCUACUACUGGCGGCGCUCCCACUCAAUGUGUUGCCGACAGCACCGGCAUUACCAUCACUUUCUGCUAA